CUGCAUUAACCCGUACGGGUAAUGUUAAAAAGAGGACGAGGUGAGGAUGGACGCUGUUGUGUAACCGUAAUUCAACACGUUGGAUGAAUCGGCCUGCUGGGAGGAGCUGCACGCCGUCGACUGAGUUGGCUGAGGUCCGGGCAGGUCAACCAGGCGGGCCCGGUCUGAGAACAGAGGAGAGAGGAGAGAGGGGAGGAGGAAGAUCACUGAGGAGGGGAGAACAAUCGGAAGAGUUGUUUUUUUUUUUAACGACCUUGAGAUUUUUUUAGAUACUUGUUUCUCUAAGUAAGUUGUUGAAAACUGUUGAAAACCAAAAGAUGGGGAACUGGGUCGCCCGUGAGGACUACGAAUGGGUGUAUACGGACCAGCCGCAUGCCGACAGGAGAAAAGCUAUCCUGGCCAAAUAUCCAGAAAUCAAGUCGCUGAUGGGUCCUGACCCGAGGCUGAAAUGGAUUGUGUGCAUGAUGGUGGUGAUACAGUUUUUAGCUUUCUACCUGGUCAAAGACUUGGACUGGAAAUGGGUUUUGUUUUGGACCUAUGCCUUUGGCAGCUGUAUCAACCACUCAAUGACCCUUGCUAUUCAUGAGAUCUCCCACAACACGGCCUUCGGAAACAACAAGGCCAUGUGGAACCGCUACUUUGCCAUGUUUGCCAACCUACCCAUCGGCCUGCCCUACUCUGCCUCCUUCAAACGCUAUCACCUGGACCAUCAUCGCUACCUGGGUGGAGAUGGUGUAGAUGUAGACAUCCCUACUGAGUUUGAAGGCUGGUUCUUCUGCACACGCUUCCGUAAAUUCAUCUGGAUUAUUCUGCAGCCGCUGUUCUAUGCCAUUCGGCCCCUCUGCAUCAACCCCAAACCCAUCACUCAGCUGGAGGUGACCAACGUGGCCUUCCAGCUCACCUUUGACAUCCUGCUCUACUGGCUGUGGGGGGCCAAGCCUGUGGUCUACAUGCUGGCUGGCUCCAUGCUGGGGAUGGGCUUGCAUCCCAUCUCUGGUCACUUCAUAGCUGAGCACUACAUGUUCCUCAAGGGCCAUGAGACCUACUCCUACUAUGGCUCCCUCAACCUGCUCACCUUCAACGUGGGCUACCACAAUGAGCACCAUGACUUCCCCAGCAUCCCAGGACGCAGGCUUCCCAUGGUGAAGAAAAUAGCAGCAGAGUAUUAUGAUGAUCUGCCUCAGUACACGUCGUGGGUGAAAGUCCUGUAUGACUUCAUCAUGGAUGAUACACUGAGCCCGUACUCUCGAGUCAAGAGGAAGCUGAAGGGAGAUGUCAAACAGGAGUAACUUCACUGAAAGCUUCACUGGAACAAAGUUGCAGUAUCCACCAUGACAGCAGCCGGGCUCACCGUCCUAUAAACUUACCAGCUUCUGCAGAUUAAUACAUUCAACAUGUGCAAUAAUGGUGGAGAUUGUGUACAUGAGUCUUGUAUGUUUUUUUUUUUUUUUUUCUCCACAGGAAGAGAAAAUAGUUUCAGAUAUUUGUUAUCCAGGUCAGAAAAACCAAGACAAGAGGUGUGAGAUUAAAAAUAAAAGAGUUUGGAGUUUGUUCGUGUGAUUAUAGGCAGUUCCUGUGACUGGCUGCACCAAGACCUUGGUUUAGAUCAAACAAGUAGUUCAUCUCGGACACUUAAUUUGCCAUGUAUUCUGAAUGAAAUAAGACUGUUGGCUAGAGUGCCAUGAAAUUUGGUGUAAACAUUUCCGUCCCCCACAGGAUGAAUAGUAAUUAUUUUGGUGAACUCUCCCAAUUCCUAGGUUUAAAAGUAACUCCAAAAUGUCCAAUUUAGGUUGCUGUGUUGUGUUCAGGCUCUUUCAUGCCAGUUAGAGAUGAUCCGUUGCCAUACUAGCUGCUGUGUGCUGUAAACAUGAGUGCUCUUUACAUGUUGGGUCUAUUUUCAAGGUCUCUGAGGCCACAGUGUCUGUUACCACGCUAAUCUGAAAUGAGUAAAACAACAACUAUUAGUAAAACAACUCUAUAAACAACAUUCAGAUAUGAACAGACUGCUGGAAGUCACCUUUUCUUAGAUACUUAAAUUGGACUUUUGAACCAUGCUGGAGACUCAGAAACUUUGCAGAACCAGAAUAUGAUGCCGCCAUAACCGGUGGACAUGAGAGGUUAUGACAUAUCCAUCAGCUUCACCUGUACUUAGCAUGCUAACACAUUAAAUUAGGAUGCUGACCAUAGUACACAUUUUACCUGCUAAACAUUAUGAACGUUAGCAUGUUGAUAUUAAUGUUUAGUUCAGAGUAUAGCCUCACAGCGCUGCUUGCAUGGUUGUAGACUUAAAAUGCUUAAAAGAUGAAACUCAAGAGGGGGGGCGAGAAUCUGUUGUGCUCAUGACUGUCAUUGAAAUAAUUAUAAUCCGUCAGUGCUGCAGCCCGUGGGAGAACAGGAAAGUCUUCUUUUUUGAUCAUAUCAUAUUUUGAUCUCCCCAUGGUUCUCGCCCUCGCGAGCUGACACACACUCCCUCUCUGAAAGGGCUUUGGUCCUGCUCAGAAUGCUGCUGCUAAGCAGUUUUUAUCAGAAGUAACAAGAACCUGUUACCAGAAGCCUUAUUGAGGCAGUAGCAAAAAAGUUUUCCCAAGGUGUUAAUGGAUCCUAAAACGUUUGGAUCGGUGAGAACAAAACAAGACUGGCCUGACUAUAGACCAGUCUAAGACGUCUUUGUGCAACCAGCCCCAGAAAUGAUUAAGAUAGCUCGACAGCCAACUAUAAUGAAACCUCUCACAGGUCGUUGUACCAUUUACUCCUGUAUGGUGACCGAGUGCAAACCGUAUCAAAGGUGUUCUGUGUUGAAGUUUGUGUACUGCCACAGAGAUUAAUUGUAUACAACUGAAUGAACCUAGAUACCUUCCUCCAUGAUGGACUUGUUGUUGGUCAACAGCAUUGCUCUGUGUGUGUGUGUGUGUGUGUUUGUGUGUGUGCGUGCGCGCGUGCGUGCGCCGAAGUGGACCAAAGUUAAACUCUCAGUGAAUCCACUCAUUAAGAUCCCCCCAACAUGAACUGAUUUGUUGUCAUGUCUGUUUGAUAUCACAUGUAUUUAGUUUAUGGGGAGGCUUGCAUUGGUUGCUUUAUAUGUCAAAUGUAGAGGCUGCCGUUCCUGGCCCAUGACCCUUUCUCCAAAUGCUUUGCUUUUUAACAUGUGACUCUUUAACAUAUCAUGACAUUAUACAGCCUAUUGUCACGCCUCCAUUCAACCUGUGGGAGUCAGUUUGAAGAUGUGUUGCAUGUGAGAUGAAAGUGUGUUACUCAUCAGUGCCUAAGCUUUUUUUUUUUUCACUUCCGCCUUUGUGGUCUUAAUUUAAAUUUUAUGAAAUUAUUCACUUUGAUGAGAAACCGUAUGACAAGAAGUGAAAAAGUGUUUAAUACUGAAAUCACUAGGCUUUAUUGUUUUUCUUCCACUUCCUCCAGCUUUAGAUUGUGAGGCAGGCUUCCAGCUACACCUGAAUAGAUGUCCUCUGUCUUAUGUUUCUUGAAAUUGGUAGAUUUAGCAGCCUGGAACUGAAUUACAUGUGGUUGCUAUUGAAUUGGCUGAUUCCACAAUUUUUAUAUUCCCGGCAGUGCAGAGAGGGGGCGUUGAUCAACAUUUGGACCAGGGCUUCAAACUCUAAUUACCUGGGGACACGUGUAGAGUCAGCGAAUAAAAACACUGCUGCUAAUCAGUGGUCCACCUCUCUUGAAAUCGUGUGUCCUCCAAGUCAACUUCUCGGUUUAAAAAGACCAUUUGGCGUCUUGUUGCUGCAGUAAAUCAGACCUUCGUGUCGGAAGAUAAAAUUUACAGAGAUACAGGCCAACACAACACGAAGACCUCCCCUCUGGUGCAAGUUUAGGUGGAACCAAACACUUUUUCAUCUAUCAGAGAGGAGGAAGAGGAGGGUGUGAUGUGUGCAGAGGCCCCUGAUGUAGACCCUCAAAUACUACAUUUCUGUCCACAUUUAUACGUGUACAUUAUACACAUCACUGUUGAUUCUGAUGGGUUUUCCUUUUUCAACAUAUUCAUAGAAUUUUAAAAACCCCAUUUGAACUAUAAGAUAGACACCAUAUUAAAUACUGCAAGUGAACCUGAAGGUUGUCGUGGAACCGUAGUUAAAAUUUCUAAAUUUUUCAAAAGAUUUUCUGAGUACUUGAAGGAUUUGAGCUGAGAUCAGAAGAUUAUUCUUAUUUUAAAUGUUUUUAAUUGUGAAGCACCAUUACGUUAGUCACAUUUAACAAUUUAAUAUAAUAAUUGAAUAACACCCCUUAUUGUUAAAAAAAUCAAAAUAUAGAAAAUAGAACAAAUACAACAUAAUACCACUGGUAUAAAACUUAAAAUAAGCCCUCCCUCCCUUUAGUUGACUGUUUUAGUUCACCCGUCUUUUCCAAAUGCAAAAGUAAUUUUUGAGGAAUUUUUAAAUAUUUUUUUAAGCUUGUCCUUGAGGAUACAGUACAGUACCUUAUCCUACGCCUGUGAAUAUAUGUUGUGUGCCCUCUAUAAAAUCUGAAAUUGUAAUAAAUACGGUCUAGCAUUGAUGGAAA